UCGGAGGAACGGAAGGGAAGGGGUGACGUCACCGAAGGUCCGGCCUCCCUGCAUUCCCUCGCCCGGACGCUUGCACGGAAGCUUCCCCGCCUUGCAAAGGAGAGCCAUCCAGACGUGGCUCGGCAGUGAGCUUCUUCCCGUGCAUAAGGGAUCUCGCGCUGGAGGCGUGCGGGUGGAGAGGUACAAAAAUAACUUGUGAACAAAGAGGGGAUGAAGAUGUUGUUGAGGCUUCUCCGGGGCUUCUGUACAAUGUAGUUCCUAAGAAGAAAAGAGAGAACUGCAAGAUUUCUUGGCUACGUUUGAAGUUGUGCUAGAGGACAGAGAAAAUGGAGGAAUGUCUAGUAUGCGAUAGAGAUGGAAAAGGCCCUCCAGAUGCUCAUUCUAGGACCUGUAGGGAUAUCUGGGCAGAAACUGGGCAGGAGGUCCUAGAGGAGAAGACAAUCAGUUCAGAGGUCCAGCGCAGGCUCUUUAGGAGUGUCCGGUACCAAGAGUCUAAGGGGCCCCGAGAAAUUUGCAACCACCUUCACCACUUUUGCCGUCAGUGGCUACAGCCAGAAAGACACACUAAGGCUCAGAUGUUGGAUCUGGUGAUCCUGGAGCAGCUCCUGGCCGUCCUGCCUCCAGACAUGGAGAGAUGGAUCCGAGAGUGUGGAACAGAGACCAGCUCUCAGGCGGUGGCCCUGGCUGAAGGUUUCCUCCUGAGUCAGGUGGAAGAGCAGAAGAAGACAGAGAUGCAGGAGUCAUUCUUGGACAUGGUCCCUGAUCAUUCCAAGAGAAUGCAAGAUCCAUCAAAUUGCUCUCCGAAGCACCUUUCUAGAAUGUUCGCCGAGGAAGUUCAACAUCAGGACACUUCACUGGAAGAUGGAAUAGUUCCACUGAUAUUUCUAGGAUCACCUCCGUGUACUGGUGGAGCUGGAAAAGUAACUGAAUCAGCUGUUCAGGGGAGUUUUGUGUCCUUUGAGGAAGUGGCGGUGCAUUUUUCUGAGGAGGAAUGGUCUCAGCUGGACAACCACCAAAAAGCCCUCCAUAAACAAGUCAUGCAGGAGAAUUCCCAGAAUAUGGCCUUUCUGGGAGCGUAUGGCCAGCAGAAUGAGACUUGCGAGAUAACACUGCAGACAACUUGGCCCAGGAGGGAAGCAGAAAAAAUGGCAAUUCAGAUGGAAACAAAAAGUGGCCUAGGAAAUGUAUCAAAAAAUGGAAAUAAGGAAAGCUUAGUCUCCCAGCCUGUUUGGAGUAGAAAUGAUUUUGCUGCUCUGGAAAGUCAAACCGGAAAAAACCCCAAAGAGUGUUUGGAGAACAUAGUGAAAAAAAUCAGGGCGAAAUCAGAUAUAAAAAACUAUUACCAAACUCAUUCUACAGAACAAUAUGGAUACAAGGAGGAUUACAAGGGGACCUUUAUUCUUCCCUUACCUGAAAAGGGCACUAUGGGAGAUAAACCCUAUAAGUGCACGCAAUGUGGAAAGAAUUUCAAAUGGAAUUGUCUGCUUAUUUCCCACAAAAGGAACCACACAGGCGAGAAACCAUACAAAUGCAUGGAGUGUGGGAAAAGCUUCAACAAGAACUGUUUCCUUAUAUACCAUAAAAGGAUCCAUACGGGAGAGAAACCCUAUAAAUGCAUGGAGUGUGAAAAGACCUUCAGUCGGAGGAGCUCGCUUACUCUCCAUAAAAAGAUCCAUACGGGAGAGAAACCCUAUAAAUGUACGGAAUGCGGACAGAUGUUUAGAAAGAGGAACCACCUUAUUUCCCAUAAAAGAAUCCAUACUGGGGAGAAACCCUACAAGUGCAUGGAGUGUGGAGAAAGCUUCCAGGAAAUUAGGUCUCUUACUUCUCAUAAGAGGAUCCACGCCGGAGAGAAACUCUAUAAACGCACGGAGGACGACAAAAGCUUUCAUCAAAGCAGUCAAUUGAUCUCCCAUAAAAGGAUUUACUCAGGGGAGAAACCGUACAUAUGUACAGAGUGUGGAAAGAGCUUCAGUAAGAGAGCUCACCUUGUUUCCCAUAAAACAAUUCACACAGGGGAGAAACCAUACAAAUGCAUGGAGUGUGGGAAAGGGUUCAGCCAGAAGAGUUACCUUACGUCCCAUAAAAGGAUCCAUACAGGGGAGAAACCCUACAAAUGCACCGAGUGUGAGAAGACCUUCAGUUGGAACUGUAGCCUUAUUUCUCAUAAAAGAACCCACACAGGUGAGAAACCGUACAAAUGCACAGAGUGUGGGAAAAGCUUCAGCAAACACAAUUCCCUUGCAUGCCAUAAAAGGAUCCAUACUGGAGAGAAACCCUAUAAAUGCACGGAGUGUGAAAAGACCUUCAGUCGGAGCAGCAAUCUUAUUUCCCACAAAAGGAUCCACACUGGAGAGAAACCCUACAAAUGCAUGGAGUGCGGGAAGAGCUUUAGCGAGAACAGGUCCCUUAAAAUUCAUAUGAGGAUCCAUGCAGGAGAGAAGCCUUAUAAACGCACGGAGUAUGGAAAGACUUUUACUCAAAGCUCUACACUCAUUUCUGUCCCACAGACGACAGAAGGCUACCCAGGUCUUGAAUAUGGAACGAGUUUCUGGUGGAAUAGUCAUCUUACAUUCGAUAAAAAAAUCCACACCGGGGAGAAACCGUAUCAGGGUAGUGAAUAUGGGAAAAUAUUUGAACAAAGCAGCUCACUUAUUUCCCAGCAAAGUAUCCACACUGGAGAAAUGUUUGGAAUGUGGGAAGAACUUCAGAUGGAGCACUCAUAUUCACAAAAGGAUUCACAUGGGGGGAAACAUUACAAAUGCCUGGAAUGUGGAAAGACUUUCCGUAAAAAUAGGUCCCUAACUUCCCAUAAAAAGGACCCACACGGAGAAACACUACAAAUGCGUGGAAGGACAGAGAAAAUGGAGGAAUGUCUAGUAUGCGAUAGAGAUGGAAAAGGCCCUCCAGAUGCUCAUUCUGGGACCUGUAGGGAUAUCUGGGCAGAAACUGGGCAGGAGGUCCUAGAGGAGAAGACAAUCAGUUCAGAGGUCCAGCGCAGGCUCUUUAGGAGUGUCCGGUACCAAGAGUCUAAGGGGCCCCGAGAAAUUUGCAGCCACCUUCACCACUUUUGCCGUCAGUGGCUACAGCCAGAAAGACACACUAAGGCUCAGAUGUUGGAUCUGGUGAUCCUGGAGCAGCUCCUGGCCGUCCUGCCCCCAGACAUGGAGAGAUGGAUCCGAGAGUGUGGAACAGAGACCAGCUCUCAGGCGAUGGCCCUGGCCGAAGGUUUCCUCCUGAGCCAGGUGGAAGAGCAGAAGAAGACAGAGAUCCAGGAGUCAUUCUUGGACUUAUUCCCUGAUCAUUCCAGGGAUAUACAAGAUCCAUCAAAUUGCUCUCCGAAGCACCUUUCUACGAAGUUCACUGAGGAAGUUCAACAUCAGGACACUUCACCAGAAGAUAGAACAGUUUCAUUGAUAUUUCUAGGAUCAUCUCAUUCUACUGAUGGAGCUGAACAAGUAACUGAAUCAGCUGCUCAGGAGAGUUUUGUGUCCUUCGAGGAAGUGGCGGUGCAUUUUUCUGAGGAGGAAUGGUCUCAGCUGGAUUCCUACCAAAAAGCCCUUCAUAGAGAAGUCAUGCAGGAGAAUUCCCAGAAUGUGGCCUCUCUGGGAUUGAAUGAGCAGCGGAACAAGACUUGUGAGAUAACACUCCAGACAAUCCAAUCCGUGAAGGGAGCAGAACAAAUCGCAAAUCAGAAGGGAACAAAAUAUUGCCGAAGAAAUGUAUCAAAACAUGGAAAUAAGGAAAGCUUAGUUUUCCAGCCUGUUAGGAGUGGAAAUAAUUUUGCUGCGCAACAACAAAACAAAGAAUAUUUGGGGAACAGAGUGAAAAAAUUCAAAGAGAAAUCAGAUAUAAAGAAACAUUACAAAACUCAUUCUACGCAACAAUAUGGAUACAAAGAGGGUGAAAACGGUUGCAGUGGGACCCUUAUUCUUCCCUUAGCUGGAAGGGACAGUAUGGGAGAUAAACCCUAUAAGUGCAUGGAAUGUGGAAAGAAUUUCAGGUGGAAUUGUCGGCUUAUUUCCCACAAAAGGAUCCACACAGGUGAGAAACCCUAUAAGUGCAUGGAAUGUGGAAAGAAUUUCAGGUGUAAUAGUCAGCUUAUUUCCCACAAAAGGAUCCACACAGGUGAGAAACCAUACAAAUGCACAGAAUGUGGAAAGAGAUUCACUGAGAACAGUAUCCUUGCAUGCCACAAAAGGAUCCACACAGCUGAGAAACCCUAUAAGUGCAUGGAGUGCGGAAAGAAUUUCAGGUGGAAUUGUCGGCUUAUUUCCCACAAAAGGGUCCACACAGGUGAGAAACCAUACAAAUGCACAGUGUGUGGAAAAAGAUUCAGCGAGAACACUUUCCUUACAUGCCAUAAAAGGAUCCAUACAGGAGGGAAACCCUAUAAAUGCUUGGAGUGUGGAAAAUGUUUCCAGGAAAUUAGAUGCCUUACUUCCCAUAAGAGUAUCCACAUGGGAGAGAAUCCCUAUAAAUGCCUGGAGUGUGGAAAAAGCUUCAGUCAGAGAAGUAAUCUCUUUUCUCACAAAACAAUCCACACAGGGGAAAAGCCAUAUAAAUGUCUGGAAUGCGGAAAGACAUUCCGUGAAAAUGGAUCCCUUACUUCCCAUAAAAGGAUCCACACGGGUGAAAAACCAUACAAAUGCCUGGAAUGUGGAAGGACAUUCCGUGAAAAUGGAUCCCUUACUUCCCAUAAAAGGAUCCACACAGGGGAGAAACCCUACAGAUGUACGGAGUGUGGGAGGAGCUUCGCGAAUAGUAGUAACCUUAAUUCACAUUACAGGAUCCACAUGCGAGAGAAACCAUAUAGAUGCAUGAUGUGUGGAAAGGAAUUCCACCAGGAGAGUCACCUUACUUCUCAUAAAAGGAUCCACUGGGCUCCUAAUCCAAGCCGUGUUGGAGAACAGAGGAAGAUGGAGACACAACUGUUAGCAAGGGAGGCAACUGGAAAAGGUCCUUCUGCCAUUCAGCUUGGGGACUGUGGGGACAUCUGGGCAAGCACUGGACAGAAGAUCCUGGAGGAGGAAACCAUCCUCCCUUCAGAAGUUCAGCCCUGCAACUUCAGAAGGCUCCAAUACCAGGAGGCUGAGUAUCCCCGAGGACUUUGCAACCGAUUCCACCAAGUCUGCCAUGCAUGGAUGCAGCCAGAAAGGAACACCAAGGCGCAGAUGCUGGACCUGGUGGUCCUAAAGCAUUUCCUGGCCCUCCUGCCCCCUGAGAUGGGGAGCUGGGUGCGGGAGUGUGGAGCAGAGACCAGCUCCCAAGCGGUGGCCCUGGCGGAAGGCUUCCUCAUGGCCCAGGUGGAGAAGAAGCAGCAGGAAAACCUGCAGCAGCAGGAGUCCCCCUGGGCUGUCAUCCCUGAAAAUCUAGAAAGAGAAGUUUCCUCUAAGGAUCUGCUUCUCGGACACUUUUCAAAAGAAGAUCCAUAUCGGGGCACUUCAGAAGGGAACAGAACCACCUCAUUUGUAUUCAUGCGGCCAUCUUCUUCUGCUGGAACCGAAAGCAGGGCUGAGCCCACAGCUCAGGGUCUCGUGUCCUUCGAGGAUGUGGCGGUGUAUUUUUCUGAGGAGGAAUGGUCUCAGAUGGAUGCCCACCAGAAAGCCCUCCAUGAGGAAGUCAUGCUGGAGAAUUCUCAGAAUGUGGCCUCUCUGGGAGUUCAUGGGCAGGAGAAUGACAGUUGCAAGGAACCAUUUCAAGAGAUCGAUCAGAAAAAGGAAGAAAGACUUAAAAAAGAGAAAAACCAGUCCAAAAAGCCGGGGAGAAAAAAAUCCAAUCUCCAUUGUAUUCAGAUUCAAGAUGUUCUUCAACAACCUUGGAAAGGAAGAAGUCAAGAAAAGACUUUAGGGAAAAGAAGGGAAACAUUCAAAGACACAUUAGUUGUUAAUAAAAACUACAGGACUUACACUAAAGGAGAAGGUGGUGCAUUGUUGGACAAUAGAAAGUAUCACAGAAGAACUAUUUCUUUAGCUGAAAGAAGAAGAGCAGGAGAAAAGCCAUACCAAUGCAUGGAGUGUGGAAAAUGCUUCAAAUGGAGCCAGUAUCUUAGGUCCCAUAGAAGGAUGCAUGCAGGGGAGAAACCAUAUCAAUGCCUGGAGUGUGGGAAGAGCUUUAGUCAAAAAAGCCAUCUUACUUCUCACAAAAGAAUCCACAGUGGGGAAAAACCUUACAAAUGCACGGAGUGUGGAAAGAACUUUUCUCAGAGUAGUCACCUUAAUUAUCACAGAAGGAUCCACAGCGGAGAGAAGCCUUAUAAAUGCAUGGAAUGUGGUAACACUUUCCGGAGGCGCUGUGACCUUGCUUCCCAUAAAAGGAUCCAUACAGGAGAGAAGCCAUAUAAAUGUGCGGAAUGUGGAAAGAGCUUUAGUCAGAAUUGUUCCCUUAGGUCUCAUCAAAAGAUCCAUACAGAAGAGAAAUCAUAUAAAUGCACUGUGUGUGGAAGAAGCUUCCGGUGGAAACAUUGUCUGGUUUCCCAUCAAAGGAUACACACGGGAGAGAAGCCAUAUCAAUGCACGGAGUGUGGGAAGAGCUUCAAUACAAGCAGUAGCCUUUCUACCCACAGAAGAAUUCACUCAAAGGAAAAACAUAAAUGCACACAGUGUGGAAUAAGUUUCAGUCAGAGGGCUUGCCUAAUUUCUCAUAAAAGGAGCCAUAAAGGAGAGAAACCAUACAAAUGCGUGGAAUGCGGGAAAGGAUUCCAGAAAAACAGCUCCCUUAUAUCCCAUAAAAGAAUCCACAUAGGAGAGGAAACAUAUGAAUGCAUGGAAUGUGGAAUGAAUUUCCGUGAAACUGGAUUGCUUGUGCGUCAUGAAAAGACGCACAGAGAGGAGAAACCAUAUAAGUGCAUGGAGUGCGGAAAGAGCUUUAACAACAGCACUACCCUUACUUGUCAUAACAGAACUCACACUGGAGAAAAACCGUUUAAAUGUACGGAGUGCGGAAAGAGGUUCGGUCAAAGUAGCCACCUCAUUUCCCAUAAAAGGAUUCAUACAGGGGAAAAACCAUAUAAAUGCACAGAAUGUGGGAAAAGCUUUUCUCAGCUUUCUUCUCACAAAAAAGUCCACAGGACAGAGAAACCCUAUAAAUGUAUGGAGUGUGGGAAAAGUUUUAAAUGGAAUAGUGUUCUUAUUUCUCAUAAAAGAACUCACACAGGGGAAAAACCAUAUCAAUGCACCAAAUGUGGGAAAAGCUUUAUUACGAGCAGUAAACUUUCUUUCCAUAUGAGGAUCCAUUCAGAAGAGAAACCAUAUAAAUGUACGGAAUGUGGAAAGAGUUUUAGUCAGGGAUGUGACCUAAUUUCCCACGAAAGGACCCACUUAAUCGCAAAACCAUUUAAAUGCAUGGAAUGCGGAAAGUGUUUCCGUUGGGAAAAUGCUCUUUGUUAUCACAAAAGGAGCCACACAGGGGAGGAACCCUACAAAUGCAAGGUGUGUGGGGAAACAUUCAAAACUAGCAGUAACCUUACUUCACAUAGAAGAAGGACCCACUUGAAAAAGAAAUAACUGCCUGGAGUACAGGAAGAACUCUGACUAGAGUUUUGACCUAAUUUCUUGUCAGAAUCCAAAACAAAGUCUAUAAAUGUAGAAUGGGGUGAUAAUUUGAGCUGAGUGCAAAGAAUUCAUACGAAGGAAUAUUGUCCUAAAAUACAGAAGAAUUGUGAUGGACAAAAGAAAAUCAUGCAUGAAAAAUUAGGAAGUCUUCAGUGCUAACAUGGAAUGGACAUCUUCAACAAACAUUUAUAUUGUUACUUCAGAUUCCAACUGCAAAAGGAUAAUUUCUUCAUGAGAGAAGAGGGUUGAGACAUUUUCAUGUUCAGCAGUUUAUUAAUGUAACUGAUAUUCAUGGGUGCUUUUAUAGGAAUUAAAGUUUAUUUUUAGAUUAGUUUACAGACACUGGGUAUAUAUGCUACUCCCGGUUGUCAUAGAAGUAAACAACAUUUGCAUUUUGCUAAAAUGUUUGCUAUAUGCACACUAUUUUUAAUGCAAAGAGGAAAAAUUAAAUCAAUGAUAUCUCAGGGUAUAGAAAGGGAUCUGAAAAGAAGAAUGCUAUAUCUGGGAUAAUAGACAUAGGUCACUGCUAGAUACCAGCAACAAAUUAGGAUUUAUUUUAUUUUAUUUUUUUGUAUCUUGCUGUGCCAGGGGGUUGGUCAUUCUGGUUUUGCAACCCAAAUCUACUUUAACCUCAAGGACUACUGAGCAGGAAGCAAGAAUUGUUGCUAUUAGAUGUUGGCCUCUUUCAGACAUUGCAAGGUCUCUGUCAUGGUUCCGACAGAUGAAACUCUUCAAAAGAACUUUAAGGCAUUAUUUACCUUAAAGAAUCUUUAUUUUGAGUAGCAUAAUAUCAGCAUUGCAUAAUCAAAGCCAAAAAUUGAAUUCCCCUCCCCUGAGCACAUAGUAUCAAAGCACAAUUCCCUCCUCCAAUUAACAGUCAUAAAUCACAUUCCCCAAUUAACUUGAAGCGUGGGCCUCCUCUCCGGUUCUCCAGCCCGUCAAUUCCUUAUCAGCUCUGGUUACAAUAACCUUGUUUCUCACGCUAGGUUUAGUGUUGUUAUAUCUAGCUGGGCUCUCGUUCACAUCCCCCCUCCCAGCAUUAUCUAUCUCUAAAAUCAAAAGGUAAAAGAUGGCUACAUUUCCAUCUUUUGUCAAUGCAAAAACAUCCGAUGGUAGCAGUGUUGACAGUCUCAUUUUAACUCAUCGAUGGUGAUUCUGUUACAACCAUAGAUAUCCCAAAGUUCUUUGAUCCAGAACAGAGUGCAAGAUGGUCAAGUCGCACCUCAUCUUUCAAAGAGUAAAGCAGUUGCUGUGAGAAGGAAUCAUCAAGAGAGCAAUAUGGAUCAAAGGGUCUGGAGGCUAAAUUGUAUGAUGAAUGUUACGUCUAACCUGUCAAAAAGAAGGAUUGCGGAGACAUGAUAACUGCCUUCCAGUAUUUGAGGGGCUGUCACAGAGAAGAGAGGACUGACUUAUUCCCCAUAGUAUCUGAGGCAAGACAAGAAGUAAUGGGUGGAAGCUCGUUAAAGAGAAUCCAACCUAGAAGUAAGGAGACAUUUCCUGACAGUGAGAACACUUGAAACAGCUUGUUUCCUGGAAUUGUGGAUGCUCCAUCACUGGAGGUUUUCAACAAUAGACUGGAAUGAUAUAAGGUCUUCUGCUUUGAGCAGGGGGUUGGACUAGAAGACCUCUGAGGUCCCUUCCAGCCCUUUGGUUCCUGCUAGGUGCAUUGAAGAUGAACAGAUCUUCUGUUCAUAAAUAAAUAAAUAAAUAAAACUUUUGAUAGAAAAAA